AGAAGAAGAAUUUGGCUGGUAGGUUAACAGCGGCUAGCAGCAUAGAGCUGCCGGAGCUGGGGCAGUGGAUACGGGAAAGGACCCCGGGACGGACGACUGGAUCCGCGGCUGGAAAACGCAACGGAUAAAAAAACAAAGUGGCCGGGAAAUUCGUGGAUUUACCUCUUCGUUUCUGGAUUUCUAUAUAAGAAGUAUGGUAAAAGUGCAUAACUGCCGAACUUGAACUAAGAUGCGGUGGUGAGUGAAGCUAAGCUAAGCCCGAGAUGUUAUUUUCGAGCACACCUUUCGACUUUCGAGUACUUUCGACGAUGUGAUAUGGUGGCUGACAUAGACUUUUGUCAUGUUGCCUAGUUUUAUAUCAAAUCGCCUCUAUUGCAGCUAACUUAAUUUACAAAACUCGAGCGUUAGCCAUCUAGCUGGCUAGGAGCUAACGCUGCCAAAGAACUCAAGUGUUUCCACGUCACCUGAUGAAAACAACCCCUUUAUCAGACGCCACUUGAUAUUUUGAUGUAGUUUGGUAACAAUUAUAAAACAGACACUUUAUUGGAGUACGUAGUGUAAAUAUCGACGAACAAGCCACCUCAAAGCUAAAUUGCUAACCCGAGUUAGCCGGCCAAAGUUGGAUUCCUGCCCCGAAUCCUGCUGUCUCUUUCUCCGGGGCCCUUAAAGACUCCUGCUGGUCUUGGUUCAGCCUCGACAAACGUGGACCUCAGUGGAUUAUCUUGCUGUUUUUUGGGAAUAUAUUCUGUCUAUCGCGAGAUUUGGAAUAACGGGACUCUUCGAAGAUGAUGUGCGAGGUGAUGCCUACCAUCAGUGAGGCAGAAGGGCCUGGCGGGGGAGGAGGCAGCGGUCGACGGGGCUCUGGUUCGCCGCUACAGUCAGACUCUGAAGGUCAUUUUGAGUCGCUGAUGGUAUCCAUGCUGGAGGAGAGGGAUCGUCUUCUGGAGACUCUGAGAGAGACUCAGGAGAAUCUGGGAUUGACCCAGGGAAAACUGCAUGAGGUCAGCCAUGAGAGAGACUCGCUGCAGAGGCAACUGAACACGGCACUACCUCAGGAGUUUGCUGCUCUGACGAAGGAGGUGAAUGUGUGUCGGGAGCAGCUCUUGGAAAAAGAGGAAGAGAUUGCUGAAUUAAAGGCGGAGAGGAACAACACACGGCUGUUGUUGGAGCACCUUGAGUGUCUGGUAUCACGACAUGAGCGCAGUCUGAGAAUGACAGUCGUAAAGCGGCAGGCACAGUCUCCUGCAGGGGUCUCCAGUGAAGUGGAAGUACUCAAAGCACUCAAGUCGUUAUUUGAACAUCAUAAAGCCCUCGAUGAGAAGGUGAGAGAGAGACUCCGCGUGGCUCUGGAGCGAUGCAGUGCUCUGGAGGAGCAACUCACCAUCUCACACAAAGAAUUGGCAUACCUGCGGGAGCAGAGCAGUCUGAAGAGAGGAUUGGCGGAUGGCACCAGUGACGUGAACCACAACUCUGAAAACACUCCCAACACCAAUGGCAAGAGGUCAUCAGACGGCUCCUUAAGUCAAGAAGAUGAGUCCGCACCGGGCUACAGAAAGGUCGGUGAGCUCCAAGAGAUGGUGGACCGCCAGACAGCUGAUCUCAGUCAGAUGAAGGAGCGCAUGGCAACAAUGGCAGGGCGGGUGUCGGAGCUGGAGGAGGACCUGGACACUGCCAGAAAAGACCUCAUCAAGUCUGAAGACUCCAACACACGGCUUCAGAGGGACCUAAGAGAGUCAAUGGCUCAGAAGGAAGACAUGGAGGAGAGGAUCACUACUCUGGAGAAACGUUACCUAGCAGCUCAGCGAGAGGCGACUUCCGUCCACGACCUUAACGACAAGUUGGAGAACGAAGUGGCAAACAAGGAUUCACUCUUCAGACAGACCGAAGAAAGGAAUCGACAGCUGCAAGAGAAGCUGGAGCUCGCUGAGCAGAAGCUUCAGCAAACCAUUCGUAAAGCUGAGACCCUGCCUGAGGUGGAGGCAGAGCUGGCUCAAAGAGUUGCCGCCCUCACUAAGGCUGAGGAACGCCAUGGCAACGUGGAGGAGAGACUAAAACAGCUGGAGGCACAGCUAGAGGAGAAGAACCAGGAGCUUCUGAGAGCGCGACAGCGUGAGAAGAUGAAUGAAGAGCACAACAAGCGACUUUCAGAGACCGUUGACAAGCUGCUGACCGAGUCCAAUGAACGACUUCAGCUGCACCUGAAGGAAAGGAUGUCUGCCCUGGAGGACAAGAAUGCCCUGAUCAGGGAACUGGAGCACACCAAGAAACUGAUUGAGGAAUCUCACCAUGAAAAGGAUCAGCUGCUGAUCCAAAUUGAGACAAUGAGAGCAGAGACAGAGCAGGGACGCGGCGGGAACAACUCCUUACUACACGGACGUUCACCGAUGGGCAGUACUCCAGACUUCAGAUAUCCAGUGUCGGCAUCGUCAAUGAUGGACAGUAACUCGGAUCACUUUGGUGGUGCUUUGGUUCUGAGGCGACCUCAAAAGGGGCGAGUGGCCGCCCUGCGGGACGAGCCGUCCAAGGUGCAGACCCUGAACGAGCAGGAGUGGGAGCGCGUGCAGCAGGCUAACGUGCUGGCCAACGUGGCCCACGCUUUCGAGAGUGACAUGGAUGCAUCUGACCUGGAGGAUGACCGUGAGACUAUCUUCAGUUCGGUAGACCUUCUGUCGCCUGGCCAGGCAGAUGCCCAAACACUGGCUUUGAUGCUGCAGGAACAGCUCGAUGCCAUUAACAACGAAAUACGAAUGAUCCAAGAGGAGAAGGAGAACACUGCCAUCCGGGCGGAGGAGAUCGAGUGUCGAGUGGGAAGUGGUGACAGUCUUGGAGGGCGUUUCCGCUCUAUGAGCUCCAUUCCUCCAUCGCUGUGUGCCGGCUCCUCAGUGGGUGGUUCACCACCAGGCUCUGGUAGCUCCACACCAAGAAGGAUCCCCCGCAGUCCCAAUAGGGAACUGGACCGAAUGGGCGUCAUGACCCUGCCUAGUGACCUGCGCAAGCACCGCAGGAAGGCUUCUCAGGAUGACAAAGCCACAAUCCGAUGUGAAACGUCUCCUCCCACAACUCCCCGCUCCAUGCGUUUGAACAGAGAGGGAGGACACGCUGCCAGCCAAGAGGACAUUCGGGAUAUCAGGGGGCUGGCCGGUCUGCAGGAUGGUCAGGGCAGUGACCCCAGCAGCAGCAACAGCAGCCAGGAUUCUCUCAACAAGGCUGCCAAAAAGAAAAGUAUCAAGUCUUCAAUCGGACGCCUAUUCGGGAAGAAGGAGAAGGGCCGACCCAGCAUUCCUGGAAAAGAGUCCCCUAGUCAAGCAGGAACUCCAGAGGGUGAGAACUCGCCAAAGGACGGUUUGGGAAUGGGAACGUUGGGAGGAGCCGCUGAGAAGAACAGGAAGCUGCAGAAAAAUCCAAAGACCGGACAUGAGUUGCUUGAAGAAGCUCGAAGACAAGGCUUGCCUUUCGCUCAGUGGGACGGUCCCACCGUGGUGGUCUGGCUUGAGCUCUGGGUGGGCAUGCCGGCCUGGUACGUGGCUGCCUGUCGGGCCAAUGUCAAGAGUGGCGCCAUCAUGUCCGCGCUGUCGGACACAGAGAUCCAGAGAGAAAUCGGCAUCAGCAAUCCACUGCACCGACUUAAGCUCCGCCUUGCCAUCCAAGAAAUCAUGUCCCUCACCAGCCCGUCUGCUCCUCCCACGUCCAGAACGUCCACAGGAAACGUUUGGGUCACGCAUGAAGAAAUGGAAAGUUUGGCGGCCACGCCCCCCACGGAGGAUGACGAGGGCAGCUGGGCCCAGACGCUGGCGUACGGCGACAUGAAUCAUGAGUGGAUAGGUAAUGAAUGGCUGCCCAGCCUGGGUCUCCCACAGUACCGCUCCUACUUCAUGGAAUCCCUGGUGGACGCCCGCAUGCUGGACCACCUGACCAAAAAGGACCUGCGAGGACAGCUGAAGAUGGUGGAUAGCUUUCACAGGAACAGCUUUCAGUGUGGAGUCAUGUGUUUGCGGAGACUGAACUACGACAGGAAAGAGCUUGAAAGGAAAAGAGAGGAAUCUCAGAUGGACCUUAAAGACGUGCUUGUGUGGAGUAAUGAGCGCCUCAUCAGCUGGGUUCAGUCAAUUGGCCUGAAAGAGUACAGUGCAAACCUCUAUGAGAGCGGAGUCCAUGGAGCCCUGCUGUCCUUGGAUGAGACCUUCGACCACAACACUCUUGCUCUGCUGCUACAGAUCCCUAUGCAGAACACACAGGCCAGAGCGACCCUGGAGCGAGAGUACAACAGUCUCCUGGCCAUCGGAACAGAUCGCAGAAUGGAAGAGGACGACGACAAGAACUUCCGUCGUGCUCCAUCAUGGAGAAAGAAGUUUCGACCCAAAGACAUGAGGGUGAUAUCGCUGGGUGCCUCCGACACGCUGCCUGCAAACUUCAGAGUGACCAGCAGCAACACGGCGUCUCCCUCCAUGCAGCCAAAGAGAAGUCCCAUGGAUGGAAGUCAGUCUAUACAGAGGCUGGACACUGCCACAGUCAGGACCUACUCUUGUUAACACACAACCUCAACGUUUAUCCUCAUUACUUCUAUAGGUAACCGUUGGUAACAGCUGGCGUGCGGAAGAAGGCGAAUCCUUAGCCGGAAAAACGAAGAACUAAAACACUAAAGAGACUUUACUCACCAGCGCCACCCGCAGGAUUCAAGAUAUACCUAAAGAAUAUUUAAAUGACCCAGUGGGACGUUGAUGAUUUUUGACUGAUGUCAUAUUUUUGCUGCCUCUGUCCUUUUAAUCAAACUCCCGUUUUUUUGUUUGUUUUUUUUUAAACACCCUUUUGUGGAGUUCGGAUGGAAUUGAAUGUGUCUGCAGUUUGUAUAUUUCUACCAACAGACAUUUUUAUCUAGUCUUUUUUUUGUUUUUAUAAUCCUCAUUUUAUUGACCAGAUGUUUUUUUUCUCUUUUUGAUUUUAAAUCUAAUCAGCAAAUUUAUGCUAAAAUGACUUUGAUAUGAUAAUGAUGGUAUAACUUAAUUCUGUAUCCGUUCUUGUUUGUAGCCUUGUUACGUUGUGUCUUUAGGUUCCUGGACAUGUGUGUGCGCGUGUUUUUAUCAGACUAACUGCUGCAGUGUUUCUGACUGCCAACACUGUGAGUGUGCUGCUGACAACGAUGACACAUAUCACCCGAAACACGUGAUACGAUAUCCUUAUUUUCCUGUUUCUUACAUACCUGUGAUACCAAAUAGAGAAUUUUAAAUUAAAGAAUUGAAGCCAUAUAUCAGCAGAACUGACCCCUCCGCGUAAGCUUUUACAGCCGGGACAUGAAUCCAACGUUUAGGUCAUGUUUGAAAAUGAGUAAACUUGUGUGUAAGAAGUUUGCUGCAUCUCUUUUCUUUUUCGUUAUGUUUUAGGUCAGCAAAUUCUUAAGAUACAUCACCACAACGGGGAUUAUGGGUCAGAUUUCUUGUAUUGCCGAGGUCCUUAAACUGGAUGAUGGUAAAUGUCUCGCUCUUUUAGUCCAUCAUCCUUAAGAAUCGCUACUUUUAAUACAAAUGUUUCCCAGGUUUAGAAGCAGCCGCAUUACCCUUUAAUAUAACUUCUAGAAACCGACCUCUGGAGACACGCACGACUCAAGUUGUAUUCUCCUUCAAUGGACCAACUUCACCUAAGCCUAGGCCUGUUGCCGCGGCGAUGAGCCACGGUGCCGCCCACAAACAUCCUUUUGUACGACAACUCGGAGCCUUAUAUUUAUCUGUGUUUGUAUUUAUUACCACUCUUCUGAAGCUUCACAUAGAAUUCCGUCUGUGAUUCCAACAUUUCUGCACAAAUCCUUUCGCUGUUUUUUUUUUCUUUCUUUCUGAUCUUUGUCUCGUAACAACCCUGUACAGUCUGAGUACUUAAAACUAUUUUUAUCACAGUAUUAUUUAUUGCUGACUUCCAAUAAAAUGCUGAAACCUAUUUUCCACUGCACAGGAUGACUUGUCUAUUGUC